GGGCUGAACCAGCAUUUAUUGAAGGGUGUGGCAAAACAACAAAGACCUGCUGCUACAGUACAGAUGCCUAGACGAGGUGGAAGAAGAGCUGGUGGUCGUCAUCGUCAUCGAGCUGGUGGUCAUCGAGCUGGUGGUCAUCGUCAUGGUGGGCAUGGGGUAGGACAUGGGAUAGGGCAUCGCCAUCAUGGCAUUGGUCACCAUGGUAUCGGUCACCAUGGUAUUGGCCACCAUGGUAUUGGCCACCAUGGUAUCGGUCACCAUGGUAUUGGCCACCAUGGUAUUGGUCACCAUGGUAUUGGUCAUCGUCAUGGUAUAGGCCGCAGAAGGGGAUUAUUUGGGCGAAGGCCUCUAUUCAGAUUUCGGUGGGGGUUUGGUCGACGCAGAAGAGCUGCUGCUUCAACUGGGAUUGCGUUAGGAUUAGGGGCAGCAGCAGCAGCCUCACAGCCACCACCGCAGCAGUUUGUAGUGACUCCAGGAGGGCAGCCUGCACAGCCCUAUCCAGCCCCAGGCCAGCAGCCUUACCCUGCACAAGGCCAGCCCCCUCAAGGCUACCCCCAAGGCCAGCAGCCCCCUCAAGGCUACCCCCAAGGCCAGCAGCCCCCUCAAGCUUACCCCCAAGGCCAGCAGCCCCCUCAAGGCUACCCCCAAGGCCAGCAGCCCCCUCAAAGCCACCCCCAAGGCCAGCAGCCUCCUCAAGGCUACCCCCAAGGCCAGCAGCCUCCUCAAGGCCAGCAGCCUCCUCAAGGCUACCCCCAAGGCCAGCAGCCCCCUCAAGCAUAUCCUGCCAACCCUCAGGCCCAAGGAGCUCCCCCAGCGUACUCUGGUGAUGGUCCUCCUCCCGUUGGCUUUGUUGUGGAUCCAGCAGCUGCAUACCCUCCUCCCCCUGGACAGGGCUACCCUCCACAGCAGCCAGGCGCCCAACUGCAGGGUUUUCCACCCGAUUCGUCCGGUCAGCCACAGCAGCCACAGCAGCAGUUGGUCCAAGAGCCCGAGGAUGACACACCUCUCUGCUGCACCAUCCCGUGUACUAUUCUUUAACUCUUGUUAUUUAGCUAGCCACAGUGACAGGGUAGUAGACCAUGCAGUAUUAUUUUUAUUUUUUAUCCCCUGGACAAUACCAAUAUUUAAUAAAUAGUUGUGUGGCUCUACAUUUCUGGACUAUUGAUUUCACAUGUG